AUGCGAUGUUCAGACGGUGCAGUUUAUAAUGCAAAAGAAUUGGAGAAACCUUGUAUUGUUGCUGGCGGCUUAUCCUUUCAGAUAUCGGAUUGUGAAACAUAUAUAGCAGCUUCUCAACGUGCUGAUGGAACAUGGAGAAAAGCAAGAAGAGUGAAAGAUGGUUACAUCCCACAAGAAGAGCAACCCAGGUACGAAUCUCGCGGUCAACAAAUGAGCAACAAAACUACAUAUCCGGUUGGUUGGUCGCCCACCGAAGUUGUGAAAUCUAAAAAGAAAACUAAGGAACAAGAGUUGAAAAAACCGAUUGCUGCAACAUUGAGACCAAAUGCUCCAAUCACUCCUCGUGAAUGUAUUGAAAAGAAGAUUAACAAUUUGAAUAGGAAGCUACGAGAUAUAGAAGUGCUAGAGGAAAGGAUCAGAAGUGGAGAGCUGGAAAAUCCAGAGAAAACACAACUCGAAAAAAUCGCGCGAAAGGAAACUAUUACGAAGGAAAUUGAUCUGUUGACUGCCGAAAUCGAGAAGUUAUAA